AUGGCAACAAAGCACGAACUUCCUGGUGACACAUCAGAAAACGGAAAUGAUACCGUUUCAGCACUUAUCAAGAUCCAAGAAUGCAGGGUGCCACAACAAAAGAUGAGAUGGAUUGUAGAGAACCUCGAAUGUCUCGGUAGACGACAGUCCAGGAAGAGAAAGCUCAACACAGACGGAAGCGAAAAACCUGAAAGACCGUACUGGUUCCGUAAAGAAGUUAAUGGCUUUACUGAUAGUGACUUUGUGGCCUUGUCGUACACUUGGGAUGCUUCCGAAUACGAGACGCAAAAUCCCAAACCAGAAGGUCAUCUAAUAGAGACGAGGGAUAGAGAGGAUGCUUGGAAGUCUUCUGUCCGCAACUCGAUCCUUGAGAGAGUCACAAAAUAUAUGCAAUGUCACGAUGUGCCUCUGUUAUGGAUUGACCGGCACAGUAUACCCCAGAAGAAAUGCAAAAAGACACCAUGCGUGCAUGGGGAGUGCAAGCAAAAAAGGCAUGCCCUCGAUGCGAUGGAUUGGGUGUAUUCGCUCAGUGAUCAUCCUGUUGCUUUGCUUGGACGACCUAUCCAAAGCGAGGAUGAGAUAACGACUCUAUCUGCUAUACUGAGGGGAGCACUUGUCAAAUAUCAAGAUGGAAAACCUGCACUCGCCAAGGACGCAGAGUAUACCCAAGCAAAGAAAAUGCUCGACCUGUUACACGAAAUCACUAGGGACAAAUGGUGGAGAAGAGCGUGGACAUUUCAAGAGAACUAUAAAGCCGGUCUCAAGAUGACACUUCUAAUUCACCACGGUCCAGACCUUGAAAGGGCAAAGAGAUCUACACCCGGUGGAAAAAAGGCAAUGUUUGGUGUAGUUCCUGGCGAACUAAGCAUCCAGUCUGUCAAAUUCUCUGAGAGUGCCACCAAAUUCUGUUUGGCAUUCCGUCGGCAUCAUUUUGCAACGAGCGAAGAUGAAGAGAAGAUAACUCAUAUUCUGAAAACAGCUGGACGAUACAGGAUGUUACUAUCACACUCCACGUCCAUGUCAGGGACAAUAAUUUCUGAUGUGAACUGGAGAGGCGUCACUGAACCUUGGGAUCGUCUGGCCAUCAUCGCCAAUUGUUGUCAGUAUGCUACUAGGUUGGAUGCUGCAAGGCUUCAACAAAUGGAAGGCAACGUGGCGAGUCUGGACUUGUCAAUAUUGGCAUUACGCUUACUAAAUGGCGAGAUACUGAACAACGAAGAGGCCUAUGUGCCUAAUGGGACUGUGGUUGAGCAGAUGAGCGAUCUCUUUUUCGAUGACUUCAAGGCGCCCGAGGGCGCGAAGAAAUUGACAUACAACAAAGGUUGUCGCUUUUUUGACGUCGAGUUUACAAAAACAGGCAUCAAGACGAAAGGCCAUCUCUGGAAACUUGGAGAAACAAUUCGAGCACCCCGAUCAUCACCGCGUUUAUCACAACCAAGCCAAGAAGAUAAACAUCAACUUUCAAAAUAUGAACGAACACGUCUACGACAGCUCAGUGAGCUGAUCAGGGCAAACCAUGCCGGUGAUGACACGGGUAUAGUGGAUUGCAUAAAGGAAUUCCUCGAAGAAGAUGCUUUUGUUAUGGAUGACCAAGGAUCGUUUAGCUUGUGGUAUCGUCGGCUAAUGGCGAAAGAAGUAGUCAGGGCUAUGGAUGCAGAUCAGACCUUGUCACUUGGGUACCUUUGCGACCCAGAAGGCGAACCCACGGCGGCACGAGGGAUUUUCAUCCAUGAACGAGAUGCCGUUGAUUCAGAUGAACCUUUGAGUCAGGUAGAUAAGGACCCUGCAUAUGUCUUUACAUCACUGUGGUCUGAUGAAGACGUUGACGAAGAGUACCUCGCCAAUGAACUGGAUCAUCACGUGUCCAUUGGAGUUCGUCUCUCUGACGACCGUAGUCAGGAGUCUCUACAGUUAUAUACCCACGAAUGGGUUCUGGGAUUGUGUUUCUUUACAGGUGUUCCUACAUCUGAUGUGGUGUUUCCUUGGCCACAAUUGUAUCCCGGUUAG